CAAUAUUGACAGAGGGAUAUGAACUUUGAAACACCUCCAGUUUACCUGCUGCUGAGUGAGCCGGGCCUCCACCUGCUCCUUCUCCUCUGACAUCUGUCGUAGCCGAUCGUUGAGGCUGAUCUGUGACUCCUCUCUUUCUCCUAACUGUCUCUGCAGCUCCUCACACUCCUCAUCCAGAGUGUCGACUCUCUUUAACAAAGAUGUUUGCUUUGCCUGCAUCGACUACAAAACCAAACACAACAAAAAUAACAAAACUGCUCAACCCUGAACUUUAACUUCUGUUUGGUGAAAACGAUCAUGUGGCAACACUGACCUCUUGCUGACGACAGGCGCUGUAGUACUUUGCAUUUUCUUUGUGGAGCUGAAGUUGAGUUUCCUGGAUCUGACUCUCUAACUGCUGGACCCUCUGCCGAAGUUCACAACAAACCUCUCUGUCCACCUGCAGGGUGCGGACUUCUUCCUGCAGCGCAGUCUUUUCUCUUUCUGUUACAGAGUGAAAUCAGAUAAAACAGGGCUGUUCUCAACACAUUUCAUGAGUAUAACUGAAAGACAAACAGCUGUGUAUUUUUUUCACGCAUAUUUCAUGCAAAUCUGAAAAAUGUGAAUAUUAUAAAAAGUGUUGUGCGUCCUCACCUUGUGCUUGAAUUGUGUUUUGCUGUUCUGUUACUUUCUCUCUCAGGCCGGAGUUAUCAUCCUUCAGACGGAGAGUUUCUGUUGUAAAAACAUGAGAACAGAGUUAAACGGUUUGUCGGUGCUUUCAGAUCAUCUUCAUUUGUGUAUUUUCUCACCUCUCUUCAGCUGUUCUCGCUCCUCCUGCAGCCUCUGCUCUGUUUCCUUCAGGGACCUCUGUGUUUUCCGCAGGGAAAACUCCAGCUGGACGAUGUUGGCCUGGUGUUUUUCAGUCUCUUGUUUGAACUCCUUCUGCACUCUGUCCAGCUGAGACCUGAAUUUAUCUCGCUGUGUUUGUGCUGCGUCUAGUUUAUCUGUCAGAGGCUGCACCGUACUCCUCACAUCCUGGAGAUGCUUCCCCAGACGGCGCAUGUCUCUGAGCUGCUCAUUGGCCCACUGGGUGAUGUCUGCCGCGGUCAUCUGUCCAAGAGUGUCCUCCACAGAUACCAGGAGGGGCUGCAGAGACGAGGGCAGACCCUCACUCUGUAACAAAUCUACAAAAGCUUGUCCGGUUCUUCUCAGGAUGGACUGAACUUCACAGCAUGUGUCGCAGGGAUGAGAAGAUGCUUCAGCUGUCGGGCAGUUUACAUGAACACUGAGUGAGGGGUUGAAGGAACUCGGUGAAGAACCUGCAGAUAAACAUCGUCUGCAAAGGUCACUCCUUUGGCUGAUCUGAUGGGAGACAGGAGACAAUGUCUGUUUGCUGUCAGAUGUCUCUUUGGUCUUUGUCUGCUCUGGGUUGUAUCUUAAUGUGCCCUGAUAUAAGAGAGAGAGAGAGAGAGAGAGAGAGAGAAAGCAUUAAACAGAUCAGCAGAUCAGAAACUUCCGUUCUGUAGUUUUUAUUUGCAGCAGUGGCAGUUCUCGGCCCCCGUAUAAUCGUUUUCUUACCAUCGAGUUUUGACAUUUGACAAAUUCAACCAAAUCUCUCCAAUAGUUUCUGACCACAAGACCAACUGACUGACAUCCAUCAGGCUGUUCUCUCCUGGUGCCACACCUCAACAGCUCCACAAAAGCAUUGAAGCUCUGCAGAAGAAGCAGCAGUCUUGUUUGGGAAGAGCAGAAAGAAAAUAAAAGUCCACUCAGAGUCUUAGUGAGAAUAUUUAAUAUGAAAUAAUAACCUAACUCUGGUGUUACCUGUCAAUGACGAGCUCCAGUAAGAUUAUGUGUGAGUGCUGACUGAAAGCCUCAUCUCCGUCUGUAUAAUCAUACUGAUCCAGCAGAGCCACCAUGUCCAGAUUACAGGAGAGUUUAUCAGGAAACUUCCAGGACGGACACCGGACCGGUCCGGUUCUGGAGAAGACGUCCAGGGUCGCUCCUUGUAGGUCCACCAGGUCUCUGCGGAGACUUUCGAUACAGUCCUGCCGACCCAGGAACUCACUCAUGACUCCGCGGUUUACUUCUGUCAAACACAGAGGAACUGCAGAAAGGAGCUUGUUGGCCAAACAUCACCGUGGAAACCUGCACUAAUACUACAACCCCCAUAAUGCUCUGCGGCGUGUGUCCGGAAGUAGUUAUCCUCCAUUGGGUCAACAGAAGCGCGGCGCAGUAAGUGCCGAACUCGAUAAAGUACGUAUUUAUAUCUCAUAAUUUGCGUUAAUCAAGGUAUUAGCUGACAUGGCACCUCUCUUGAAAUAUAUUUGAUGUUCUUCUUGUUGUUGUUUUUCCGAAGAUUCUUCCUGAUUUCACACAGAAAACUCAGUCAUGCCUCCCGGGCCUGUUCAGAUCGUUCAGCCGGAGACCAACAACAAGGUAAACCGGGGCUAGUUAGUUAGCUCAGGCUAACAGAGGCUAGUUAGUUAGAUCAAGCUAACCGAGGCUAGUUAGUUAGCUCAGGCUAACCGAGGCUAAAACAGACUGUUCUUAAAGAGAAGAGUUAAUAGCAGUUAACUUAAAUCUUAUGUUACUAAAAUAAAGAUGGUCAAAUUUGGAUUCUGGUUGAUCAAAACGGGGAUUUAUGUUAUAAUAGGAUAGCUUGUUGUUAGCUCUGAUGCUAAAUUCUGUUUUAUACCGAAUUCAGAAAAAUAUUUAAGAUUUCUUUGAGAAACUACGAUGGAAAACUUCAUAAAUAAAGUAACUUUUUUAAUAUGUCUGUGAAUUGAUGGUCUGUCUGCCCAUGCAGGUCAAGGACUUUUUAUGUUUAAAAGUAUUUUUAAGACUUUUGCAAAAAUUAAGUGUGAACCAGCAGAUAUUAAACAUUUUCCCUCCGUUAUGUUUCUCUAAAGCUAGAGUUAAUAGGAUCAUAUGUGUUAGAAGUAAGAUUAAAACAUAUUGUGUUGAAGUUCAUAUGAAGUUUGUAGGAGCUCUUUUGUUUCAUAUUUUACUCACAGCCGAACAAACAUGAAUUUUGUUUGCAGAAUGAUGCUGCAGUAGAAGAAACUCCGGCCACUAAACCCAUCGUUGGCAUCAUAUAUCCACCUCCUGAGGUCCGAAACAUCGUCGACAAGACAGCCAGCUUUGUUGCCAGGUUGGUUCUUCUAUACGUGUUUAUUUCACAUUAUUUUCCUUAUCAUAGGUUUUCAUGUUGCUGUGAUUAAAUGUGUUUUAUAAUUUUACAGAAAUGGACCUGAGUUUGAAGCAAGAAUCCGUCAAAAUGAGAUCAACAACCCCAAAUUUAACUUCCUCAACCCUAAUGACCCCUACCACGCCUACUACCGCCACAAGGUCAAUGAAUUUAAAGAGGGAAAAGCCCAGGAACCAUCUGCAGCAGUGCCCAAGGUCAUGCAGCAGGCCAUGCAACAGUCUCAGCAGCUUCCUCAGAAAGUAAGACACUGCAGCCACAUAACUUUAUUUGAUGGUUUAUUAUUAAAAUCAUUCAUAUAUAUAAACAAAUAUCACCUGUCUGUCAUCAGGUGCAAUCACAGGUGAUCCAAGAGACCGUCAUCCCCAAAGAACCACCUCCAGAGUUCGAGUUCAUCGCAGAUCCUCCGUCAAUCUCAGCGUUUGAUCUGGAUGUCGUCAAGCUCACUGCCCAGUUCGUGGCUCGUAACGGUCGCCAGUUUCUUACUCAGCUCAUGCAGAAAGAACAGAGAAACUACCAGUUCGACUUCCUGCGGCCUCAGCACAGCCUCUUCAACUACUUCACCAAACUGGUUGAGCAAUACACUAAGGUGACCUGAGAAAAAGUAUCUCUGUGAUUGAGUGUUCAUUGUCUUUUAUGGUGGGAAAUUAAACUGAGUGUUUCUCCGUCUUUUGGACCUGUAGAUUCUGAUCCCUCCUAAAGGUCUCCUGAACAAACUGAAGAGAGAGGCGGAGAAUCCAAAAGAGGUUAUGGACCAGGUAAUCUCUUCAAAAAGUGUUUUAUUUCUCAGACUAAGUUUUUAGUCGGUAUGUUCCUGGUGUUAAUCAGCUGAUCUUCUGAUAAACCGUCAGGUGAGGUACCGUGUUGAGUGGGCAAAGUUCCAGGAGCGUGAGAGGAAGAAGGAGGAAGAGGAGCGAGAGAAAGAGCGAGUGGCUUACGCUCAGAUUGACUGGCAUGACUUUGUGGUGGUCGAGACCGUAGACUUCCAGCCCAACGAACAAGGUAGUCAAACCAAAAUGAUGCCGAUCCUCCAGUCUGUGAAUGUAGUGAGAUAAACUUAACUUGAUUUGUUUCUUCAGGUCACUUCCCUCCUCCCACCACACCUGAGGAGCUCGGCGCUCGCAUCCUGAUCCAGGAGCGCUACGAGAAGUAUGGAGAGAGCGAGGAGGUGGAGAUGGAGGUGGAGAGUGAAGAUGAGGACGAUGAACGGGAAGGUCGUAAUGGUGGCCAUCCUUCACAGCCUGAUCAAGACACUAAUGUGCAGGACAUGGAUGAGGUUAGUACAGGAGGAGUCACUGUGAUGACAUCUGCUCAGCUGUGGUCUGUUGUGGUCUGCUUUGAGGUAUCCUGAGGCCCGGUUUAUGAUUCUGUGUCAGACCUACAGCAUUUGCUGUGCUGUAGGUCCACGUAUCCCUGUACUUUCACAGAAGCCUCUGUGCACCUCCUCAAAACUGUAAUUAUGUGUUGAAACAACAUGGACCACAAGCCCUGUGAUUGGUCUGCUUAUUGGUAAACAGUUCAGAUAUCACUGCCUUCCCCGGUCCUCGUUCUCAGCAGACUUAUCGUCUGUCUCUUCUCCUUUGUUCAUGAAAUAAAAGCAGCACAAUCAACCGCUGCACAACAUUUAUUCACUCCAGUUCAAACAUAUUACACUCUGUUCAGUUUCCAUGGUUUCCUGUACACAAACAAGGAGGGACUGUAGCUGAACCGACUGGCAUUUGUGUAGAAUUUGCAUUAGUUGCAGAAUCUCUAAACUAAACUUUAACACGCCAACUUUUACUCUGACUCGCCAACUGUUACCCUGCUCUAAGGCGUCUACAUUAACAAGUGCUGUCAACAAAGAAUCACUCUCCUCUUCGUGUUUUAGGGAUCUGAUGAUGACGAUGAUGGUAUGAAGGCUCCUCUGCCUCCAGACAACCCAAUGCCGCCCCCACUGCCCCCGACACCUGACCAGGUCAUCAUCCGUAAAGACUACGACCCCAAAGGUAGCGCUGGCUCUGUUUUAUAGAAGUUAGUGUGCAGAUCAUUGCUUGUGUGCUGAUUUUGUUAACCUCUUCAUUCUUUUCCUCACAGCCAACAAGCCUCAGCCCUCGACCUCGGUUCUAGGCGAGUACCUCAUCUCACCAAUCACCGGUGAGAAGAUUCCUGCCAGUAAGAUGCAGGAGCACAUGCGCAUCAGUCUGCUGGAUCCGCGCUGGCUGGAGCAAAUCGACCAAAAAAACAAAGAGCGGCAGACCGAAGACGAAGUCUACGCUCCUGGUUUGGAUAUCGAGAGCAGCUUGAAGCAGCUGGCCGAGAGACGUACUGAUAUCUUUGGUGUGGAGGAGACGGCCAUCGGUAAGAAGAUCGGUGAGGAGGAGAUCCAGAAACCAGAGGAGAAGGUGAGAGCCAUGGCUUGUAUUUCUUUAUUUUCAAGGUUAGGUUGAGUAAAGUAUAGAUUCAGAUCAGAUUGAGUCUUCAUGUUUGAUAUCUUUGUUAUUUCUGUGACUCCAGGUUACUUGGGACGGACACUCGGGCAGCAUGGCUCGUACCCAGCAGGCUGCACAGGCCAACAUCACCCUGCAGGAGCAGAUUGAAGCCAUUCACAAGGCCAAAGGACUGGUGGGAGAGGACGACACCAAGGAGAAAAUCGGACCCAGCAAGCCCAGUGAAAUCCACCAUCCCCCUCCCAUCCCCUCGUCUGCAUCCAUUUUACCCAAACCCAGUCCUCCAGUCACAGCGGUGCCGCGCCCCCCCUCCUCAGUGAGUUCUUCAGAAAAACUGAUUUUCACUCAUGAAUUCACUCUUAAAGUUUUUACCUCCAACCCGCUGAUAUCUUCUCUGUGAGCAGGUGGCUCCUCCAGUGAGGACGACUCUCCUGUCUGCUGUUCCCGUCAUUCCAAGACCCCCUGUGGCUCCUGUGGUUCGUCUUGCACCGGGACAAGUUAUAACGCAGAUGCCUCCCAUGAUUCCUGCUCCCCGCAUUAAUGUGGUCCCCAUGCCACCAUCAGCACCUCACAUCAUGGCCCCGAGACCGCCGCCCAUGGUUGUUCCAGCCGGUAAGUUUUUUUCCAGCACUUAUUUCAGCCGUGAGAGGACGUCAUUAUUUUGAUUAAACUCAAAUAUAACGGCUCUGUCUUUCCAGCGUUCGUCCCCGCUCCUCCGGUACCGCAGCCUCCCAGCGCCGCUCCUGCACCACCGGCCCACCCACCUCCGCCUCAUGAAGAUGAACCAGUCAGCAAGAAAAUGAAGACGGAGGACAACCUCAUCCCAGAGGAGGAGUUCCUUCGCAGGAAUAAGGUUUGUGUGAGCAGUUGUACAUAAAAAUACUCUCAGGUAUUUUAGAUAUUCAAAAUAAAAAAGGCAGCUCUCACAUACAUUUGUUGUAGUUUUGUUGUAGUAAAUUUAAUUAAAUAGGGGAGUUAAUAAGCCUGUAUGUUUUCUUAUUAUUCUUAUUUUUGACCGAUAAACAAACUUGCUUGCCUUUUUUUAGGGUCCUGUUGCCGUUAAAGUCCAAGUCCCGAACAUGCAGGAUAAGACUGAAUGGAAGUUGAACGGCCAAGUGCUGAAUUUCACCGUCCCACUCACAGACCAGGUAUGUAAAUGUUGGCUUUUUGUUCCUGUUUCCUCACCAAAUACAGACUCUAAAUGUUCUGAAUUAUUAUGGAUGCCGUUACUCCGCAGGUGUCUGUUAUUAAAGUCAAAAUCCAUGAAGCUACAGGCAUGCCAGCAGGAAAACAGAAGUUGCAGUAUGAGGUAAACGUUUCUUUUUGAACAUCUGAACAUUUUUGUAAAACUUUUUUACGUGACUGAUUUAAAUAAAAUGUGUGUUAUGUGUUUGUUACAGGGCAUCUUCAUUAAGGAUUCCAACUCCCUGGCUUAUUACAACAUGAACAACGGCUCCAUCAUUCACCUGGCGCUGAAGGAGAGAGGUGGAAGGAAGAAGUGAGCCGUGCAGGAAGACGGAAAUACGUGUUUUUGGAUGUUUCCUGUCAUGUGUAUUGAGUUUAUUUUACAUUUUACAGAAUGACAUUGUGCUUUUCUUAACUUUAAUUAAGAACACAAGUUUCCCUCUCUGUCUGUGAAAAUGUUUAAUGAAUUUCCUCGUAUAUAUUUACUGACAGGCAUGUCUUUACACCGUUUCUUCAGCUCCUGAUUUUUCCAUGAUCAUCAUAUAUUUGUUUAAGGUAACCUGUAAGAACAUGUGGAGCCCCAAAAUGUUCAUACAUUUAAAUAAAGGAAUAAAACAUCAGUCUGCAUCUGGGGGAAUUACUUUUGUUACAGUAAAUCCAGUGCAAAUAAAGAAAAAGAGGAGAUAAAUAAUAGAUAGAAAGUAAAAAAGAGAUCAUCAAAAUAUGCAGAAUGUAUACACUACAGUUUUACAAUAUACAAGUAUGUGCAAUACAGGCCAAAAGCUUGGAAGCAAAAUCAGGUUUGUACAAAUAAAGAUCACAGUUUCAUUAAUAUCAUUUGCAACAAUAUAAACAUGAUUAUUGUGUAAAGAGUAACUUGGAAGACAUUUUGACUAUAAUUAUUAUGUAUUUCAGUUAUUGUUGCUUCGACUUUGCUUUCUUCAAAGUACUUCUGCGGAAGUUUGAACACGUUGAGACUCAUUACGAUUUUUGUGAAUAAUCCAACUGUGAUUUGUUUUUUUGCUUUUGCACUGAAGUUGUGACUCUUGCAAAUGUUUUAGAUCCUAAAACUAAGCCCUUAUUUGGCAUAUAUUUGGCAACAGUCAGUUAACAUCAAUGUAUAUCUAAAGGUAAAUGGAGGAAAAUGGUGCAUUUCCUUGAAAGCAACAUCUGAUCAUGGAGUAAAUACAUCCCAAAAUACAAACAACUCAUGCUGGGUUUAAAAAAAAAAGCAUUGUGAACAAAAAAUUGAAGUUACUCCCAACUGUUCGGUCUGUAAUGGCCUUGCUUCCAAACUUUUGGCCUAUAAGAAUAAGAAGAACUUUAUUAAUCCCAGAAGGGAAAUUCAAUAGUCUGUUGUCUCACGUAUGUCUCUGAAAGUUAUCUAUCAUUUACACAAGAGUUAUACUGUCUGACGGCUGUUGGUACAAAAGAUCUUCUGAAUCUUUCUGUCCUGCAGCAAAGAGAGAGGAGCCGUCCACCACCAUAUAGUGUACAAUACAACACAAAAUAGUAAAAUAGUAUGCAAAUCACAUCAAGACUGCUGAUAAAUAGAACAAGACAUGGAAGAAUUGUGAACUAUUUAUACUAACACAUCUAAAUACUUGUGGAAAGUUUCCGUCUCAUACUGCGAGGCAGUGAGGCCUGCAGACAAAAGAAAACCCAAUAAAAGAAACAAAAAUAACUCGGUAAACACCCCAAAGAGAAGUGCUCACUUUAUCCUCAA